GCGCGCACGGAAUUUUAUUCAGAAUUUCUGGAUGAGCCUAUUUUGGCCGUUUUAUACCGUAACCAAAAUAUUUUACUGUACUGCAGCUGCCGUAAUAAAAUCUGCUACUGUUACGUACGGCAUUCUCGAUACAGUAAUUUUUUCUACUACGGUUACGUACUGUUUUGCCGUACAGUAUGCCGUAUACGGCAUGGCAGUAUACUGUUUGGGGGCUCUAUGGCCCAGACGCUGUGGAAAAGAAGCGUCGCACAAGAUUUCCCAUUCGUUUGCUUCCGAUCCUUAUUCGUGGUAAUUGUUUCUCCCGUUUUGAUUGUCUUCUGUGGCACCUUUUCAUGGUGUCUGCUUUACUGAGUUUUUCAAGAAACGUUUUUACUAUGGCUUGGAGAUCGCAAGGACGCAACAAUCAGGAGCUGAUUGAAUCGCUGAAGCAGUAUGGCAUCUUCAAAAGUGAUCGCGUCCAGGCAGCCAUGAUGAAGGUGGAUAGGAAAAAUUACGUCCAAACGCAUCCUUACAUGGACGCCCCACAGAGCAUCGGAUUCGGAGUAACUAUAAGUGCUCCUCACAUGCAUGCAUCGGCGCUUGAGCUGCUUGUAGACCAACUAAAAGAAGGUAAUAAUGCACUGGAUGUCGGAUGCGGGUCCGGUUAUUUAACUGCGGCCAUGGCCCAUAUGGUUGGACGUUCCGGGAAAGUCGUCGGCAUCGAUCAUCUGCCAGAACUGACUAAUCUUUCCCGUGAAAACAUAAAGAAAGACGACGCCGACCUCCUAGAUUCCGGACGCAUUAAGCUGGUCACGGGCGAUGGUCGCAAGGGAUAUGCGGCAGACGGUCCAUAUGAUGCCAUCCAUGUGGGUGCGGCCGCGGCCAAAGUGCCGCAGGAAUUGCUGGAUCAGUUGAAGCCAGGGGGCCGCAUGAUCGUACCCGUCGGACCAGAAGGUGGAGCUCAAGAACUGCAGCAGAUUGAUAAAGCCCAGGAUGGAACAGUAACGUCCAAGAACCUCAUGGGAGUGAUGUAUGUGCCGCUGACCAGUGCCAAGCACCAGUGGCCUUCGGCUAAGGAUGAGGUGUAGACUUCCACUGGGAUCAGUGGGCUGCAUGUUGUGAUCGAUUUAUGUAAGGCUAAGACGGCCUUUACGUUCAUAAAUUUUGUAGAAGGGUUCUGGCUUUGUCUUGACGUUUCACCUCGUAUGUUUCACCUUGUACAACAGUACAACAAAUGGUGCUCUGUGUACAAUUGUAUAUAUUAUUUGUAAACGAACGCAGGAAUUCUCCUACUGUCGUUUUUAUUACUUACUCGUACCCUUUAAAUCCCAGGGGCCUUUUAAACUGUAAGGUUUGCAGAUUUAUAGACAUGCGGCGCUUUCGCGAUUGUUUUGCAGUUAUUUUGUUAUUGAUCAUAAUAAAAAUAGUGGUAUGCGUAA